GCGCGCCGGUCGCGUCCCGGGUGCCCUGCCGAGCGCCCUGCCGAGCCGUGCCAGGUAAAAGGACACAGAAAAGAAGAUGGACUGGGGAACUCUGCAGGCCGUUUUAGGAGGCGUAAAUAAACACUCAACCAGUAUCGGGAAGAUAUGGCUCACAGUCCUGUUCAUCUUCCGUAUCAUGAUCUUGGUUGUGGCUGCAGAGAGAGUCUGGGGAGAUGAACAACAAGAUUUUGUCUGCAACACGCUUCAGCCUGGGUGCAGAAAUGUUUGCUAUGAUCACUUUUUCCCCAUCUCUCACAUCAGACUCUGGGCCCUGCAGCUGAUCUUUGUUUCUACACCUGCACUGCUGGUGGCCAUGCAUGUAGCUUACACCAGGCACGAGAAGAAAAGGCGAUUCAGAAAUGGUGAGAAAAUUGAUCUUGAAGAGCUGAAAAAUGAGAAGAUUCACAUUCGGGGCCCCCUGUGGUGGACAUACACCAGCAGCAUCUUCUUCAGGAUCGUCUUUGAAGCAGUCUUCAUGUACGUGUUCUAUUACAUGUACGAUGGGUACCAGAUGCCUCGCCUGGUGAAGUGCAAUGCGUGGCCCUGCCCCAACACAGUGGAUUGUUUUGUGUCUCGGCCCACUGAGAAAACCACAUUUACUAUUUUCAUGCUUGCUGUGUCUGGUAUCUGCAUGAUGUUGAAUCUGGCUGAGUUGUGUUACCUAGUGAUAAAAGUUUGCAUGAAAGAAUCCAGGAGAACAACGGUUUUAAAAUAAUUCCCCAGUUUCAGGAUUUCCCAGCUCCCCAUUUCCCUCAAACUUUCUUAGGUGUCAGAAAACAAUCAAUCAGCAAUAUUUUCACACUCAAAGAAAAGGAUAAAAAUGAACGUUCAUUCAUGUUUUAAAAAUGAUAGCCUCCCUGGGAAGCUGCCACUGAGUCAGGUUUUAAAGAUGAUGAGCUAAUUCCAUAUUCAUGCAUCCACAAAUAGAGAGAGCAGCCUUCUGGCAGCAGCUUUUCCAAGUAUGCGUACUGCUGGGAUUCUGUUGUUGGGACAGAGUCACUUUUCAAAAAAUGGGAGUGGAAAGCCCCAGAGAAGGCUCAAGUGCCCAAAGGAGAGCCAGGAAUCACAAACAUACUGUGUCAGCUUCAGAGGCGAGCCAAUAACAAAGGGUUUUGGUCAAA